AUGGAGAAAGUUCCUGAAGCAGGACGACUGACAGGCCUGGAGGCCUACCUGACGUCUGGUGAGAAAGUGAUACCACGCCGUCGCCUGCCCCAACGCCUCCGACUCUGCUCCGCUGCUCCUCCUCCACCACUCGCGUCCUCAGCAUUUCAUCCUCCAUCACGUAUAAAUGAACCUUCGGAAUUUCUCACAGAGCUGAGAAAAUGCGCUUUCCCAGCGUUGAGAGACAGUGCACUAAUAGCCAAGCUUCUUGAUUGUGUGAUGAGGAAGUUUUUGCUUGUGCCAAACAAACUGUCAUGGGGAGAAGAGUGUGAGGCAGUUUUGACACUACUGUAUGUUUGUCUGCACUACCCAACAACAGUUACUCCACAGUUUGCUGAAGAGGUUGCUUCAGAGUUUGUUGGUCGUUGGGUAGCUGACAGUGGAGCUGGGAGUCUCGGAGACAUAGCUGUCCUCAUCACUGAAAGAAAUAAGUGUAGCAGCUUUGCUCUACUGUUGCUCCUUAUUGGAAAUCAUGUUCCUGAGAAAGUUGAUAAAUUCCAUUUGGAGGCAUGUAUUUCAUGGAGCAAUGAUUGGUCCCCUGGUAGCAGAGCACCUGAUUGGCUGAUUGAUGCACUUGGGCACAAUGAAAAUAUUUACUCACUGAAGAGUAUGCUCUUUACUUCGUACAUGUUGUUGAAGGGCCAACCGUGGACUUUGGAAGUGCGAGAUAAUUACACUGGUGUUCUUGUACAGUACCUUGCUGCUUGUAAACUGUAUAGGGAGUCUAACUAUUAUGAAAGUUUAUCGCUGUUGCAUGAAAUUAAUUUGGAGGAAUGUGGAACCUCGCUGCAAGGCUGGGUGUUAUGGUCAACAGGCCUAUGCUUAUUCAAGUUGGGAAAAUCCAGUACUGCACUAGUUAAACUUCAAGAGGCAAUUGAUAAAAGUAAUUCUUCUGUUCCUGCCAUCUUCAUGUGUCGCAGGUGGUUUCGAAAGAUGGCAUUUCCAGUGCUGAAGUGGAGACGUUGUCACUUUAGUAGCGGUAGGCAGCAGCAAGUUGCUUUGGAUGGGAGCUUUAGUGAACCAAUACCUAUUUUGUCUAGAGUUCCACAGGGUAGUGUUCUUGAUCCACUUAUUUCCAGGUAUACAAGUUAUAUGGUUGUUGGCUUGAAAAAUAGGAUUGUUCAAUAUGAUGAUGCAACAAUUGUUGGUGUAGUAAAGUCUCCACUUACAAGAAAUGAAGCUGCCCUCAGCCUCAACUAUCGAAAGACUUGUCAGAGCGAGGGGAUUCUAGAGAGGCGGCCAGAGCUGUGGCCGGAGCAAGAAGAGCCUCGACUAUUAAGGUGUACCAGGCGAAGUGGGGAAAUCUUUCGUAAGUGGUGCAAGAGUCGGAAGAUUUCUUCAUCCAGUACCUCUGUGACCCAAAUUGCCGACUUCCUUUUAUAUUUAAAGAAGGAAGUAGGGUUGUCAACUCAGACAAUUAAAGGAUAUCGUAGUAUGUUGGCCUCAGUAUUUAGACACAGAGGUUUAGAUAUUACCAAUAAUCUCGAUCUGAGAGACCUAAAUAAGGUCAAUAAAAAAGGGCCUUUUUAA